CAUUUUUCUGUCAAUACAGCCUUUCCACUGGAGAAUUAUAUCCCCAAUGCCCAAGAGCACCAUGUAGCAGAAAAAUGGCAGAAGCUCUAAGCUACUCGACAGCCACAACCUCUGGCUAUUCGGGGUGGAGAAGAGAGUUUAGAAAACUUCUUUGUGACAUCUCGGAAAAACUCGAUGACAAUGACGUAAAUAAAAUCAAGUUUUUUAGGGAGAUAACGAGCGAAAAUGUGAAGACCGGUCUCGACGUUUUGGCAGUGUUGGAAAAGCAAGGCGUGUUCUCACCAAGCAACACGAAUCCUCUGGCUGAAUUACUUUGCGAUAUCAACCGUAAAGACCUAGCAGACAACGUGCGAGCGUACCAUGACAGUGCGUACCGCCACUCCGUCUCCAGCGAUACAAUCGGAGAAGAGGCGCUAUUAGUGAGGUCAAAACCUGUUAGCAGAGCCUCGUCUCUAUCUCUUCCCAGGGAACCUACUCCAUCACACAGGAGGCUCACCCUGAGGCGUGUGCAAACGAUGACACACGGGAGCGUCGCCGUCACCCUAUCGGGUCGUCCCGGUGAAAAAUCACCAGGGAGGCUUUCGGGCGCGUCCUCGCGCUCGGAAGUAAAUAUCUUUGUCCAUGUGCCACCGUCACCUGCCCUUUCAGAGCCAAUGCUGAGCUCAGAUACAUCCGGAGAGCUGCGGCUGACAUUGAAUCCUCUAUCCCCACAAUAUGCUGUCGAUGAAGAAACUAAGUUUGGUGUGACAAUCCGAACGACGGAAAUGAUGAAGGCCUGGUGAUGGCCUGUGAAGAAGUCAGUAGUACAGAAAUGGUCCCAUUCGUUGAGCAACUUGCUGGCUCUUCUAAACUAUUCGCGGAGGAUAGCCACGAGAGACGAGGCUGGAAACGAAAACUCGGAUGGAAGGGAAGGAGAGAUGAUUUAACGACAGAGAGUCAAAAGGCGAUUUUCCAGUACAACUGGAUCAUUGAUUAUAGAGAGUUCACAAAGUAUUCUUUGAACGCAUCAAUUGCCCCAAAAAGGUAUCCAUUGAUAUUGGUUGUGGACAGAAUAAUCCCUACCUCUCCUUUGACGUCCACUCUCACGGCAUCUUUGAUGAUGCAGGAAAGAGUAUGACCCUGCAAGUCAAGAUCGUUAUACCUGAUGGUUGUCCUCCGAUUCCUGACAAAGCAACAUUCGACUUGUCGUGGGAAAUAUUUGCAAAUGAUGGGCAAAGUUGUGUAAAGAUCAGGCACUCAAAAAAGCCAACCAUAGUGAGAUUUCUGACUGGAAUGAAAUACAUUCACAAAUUUCUUCCACACUCCGUGCUUCCGAAGAAUGUGUUCAAAUCCCUUGAGAUAUGUCUGUGUGUCAGCACAGCAUAUUCGAAUUCCGUCUCCAAAUCAGAUGACAGAUCAUAGUUCAUAGUGCAUAGUCCUUAUGUAAUGUAUAAUAACUCA